AAUCCUCUCCCCCUUCAUUUUCUAACCAAAGAAGGCCUCACUCACCUCCCUUACAUCAUCUCCAUUCCCUUACCCCCUUCGUUAAAAUCCCUUCUCUUCCCUGCGUUCAACACCUUCAUAUGCUUAUUUCUCUCUCACAAACAAAAGGCAUUUCUCCGGUUUUUAGCUUGAAUUCUGCGGCUACUUCUCUCUCUCUAGGGUUCUUAGGCUGGGCUUCAGGCUCGUAGGUUAAUGUCUCUCCGUUGAUUCAGAACUCGUUAGCUUUCUCCAGAUCUUAUUGCACGAGAGUUGAUUAUGGCGCUCAAGCUCAACACUUCUGCUGUUUACUCGCGUCAGAACCUCCCAUUUUACCAUAAAUCUCAGAGCAGCAUAUUGAGUUUCAAACCCAGUCGAUCAUAUCAAAAUGGCUCUAAAACAUUUUGCAGUAUGGACAUGGCAGCUGACGGGUCAGAAACUCCUAGGAAAAUCACUUUUGGUCAUGUUGUGGACAAGGCACGGAAUUUGUGGGAUAAUUCUCCACAGCCCAUCAAAAGCUUCCCCUGGCACAACACAUUGGACAAUUUUAUUCAACUCGUUCUUGAUCUAGUCUUAGCGGUUGUCAAAUACUUAUCUAUACCUCUGUUUGUCAUCACAUCUGUUAGUGAAAUGUCUUACUGUGCUCAUGAGAGGAAGCUGUACUUGGUCCCCUUUCCGUUUCUGGUCGGUGUUGUUGUUUCUGCUGUGCUGGUGGACGCAGCCCUCGAAUCAUCUCCAUAUCUGAAGAAUGUUGCUCAAGUCCCCUGGCAUCUGAUAGCUCUUGUAAUAUUUUUUACGGUGCUCAAGUUUCCGGGGCCUUAUUACCCGUACUGGGGACGUAUUUUAAUCCCGCACUUUGCAAAUGGGGCUUUAUGGAGGACUUUAUGGUUCAUGUUCCUAUGGUACCGCAGGCCCCUAAAGACGUCAGAAAACAACCGACCCAGUCCUUCUAUUGUUGACAAAAAUCCUAAACCAGUAGGAUCUAGGAGUAGUUAAAUUUUUGCCUAGAAUAUUGCAUCUUGACAGUACAAUUUUAUAAUGACAGUAGUGGAAGCAUGACAUUGUGAUAUUUCCAUAUUCCUACACUCCUUUUUGAAUCAUCUGUUCUUUUUUUGGGUUAUUACUUAUAAACAUUGUAAACUAGUCUCAUCAAAUUCAACUUGAACCUACAAUGUUUGAAGCUUGGUUGGCCACCUAAGCUGAUCAUUGUCGCAAAACUCAAAAGUCAGCUAUUUGCAUUUGUUCGUGUCAAAGUCAACAGAUCGGUCCAAGCCCUUUU